UCAAAAGCUCUAAUUUUUGCCGAAGCCGCAAUUUGUAAACAUUCUUAAUUUUUUUUAUAUAAAUUGAGUGAUAUAUUAAUAAAAACCAUGGUUACUGCCAUUGGAUUUGAGGGCAGUGCUAAUAAGCUUGGCGUCGGUAUUGUUAAAGAUGGAAAAAUACUUGCUAAUUGCAGGCGUACAUAUAUCACACCUCCUGGAGAAGGAUUUCUACCUCGAGAGACGGCAGAACAUCAUCAGGAGAACAUACAUGCAGUAAUGCGUGAGGCAUUUGCUGAAUCUGGUCUUUCUCCUCGUGAUAUUGAUGUGGUGUGCUAUACCAAGGGGCCAGGGAUGGGUGCACCAUUGUUGGUUUGUGCGAUUGUAGCCCGCACUUGCUCUAAGAUAUGGAACAAGCCAAUAAUAGGAGUCAAUCAUUGCAUUGGACAUAUUGAAAUGGGCCGCCUUAUAACGAAGGCUAAGAACCCGACAGUGCUGUAUGUGAGUGGAGGCAAUACGCAGAUCAUCGCCUACUCGCGGCAACGCUACAGAAUCUUUGGGGAGACCAUUGAUAUUGCAGUAGGCAAUUGCUUGGACAGAUUUGCCAGGGUACUGAAGUUAUCCAAUGCACCCAGCCCCGGCUAUAACAUCGAGCAAGCCGCCAAAAAGGGAAAGAAAUAUUUGCACCUACCCUACAGUGUUAAAGGUAUGGAUGUGAGUUUCUCUGGCAUCCUGUCGUACAUGGAGGACAAGAUCAGUGAGCUAUUGAAGGAGUAUACUCCUGAGGAUCUGUGCUAUUCGCUGCAGGAGACAGUCUUCGCCAUGCUGGUCGAGAUCACCGAGAGGGCUAUGGCACACUGUGGAUCCGAGGAGGUACUGAUCGUAGGUGGGGUAGGUUGUAACCUCCGUCUGCAAGAGAUGAUGGGUGUGAUGUGCUCUGAGAGAGGAGCGAAACUAUUCGCCAGUGAUGAGCGCUUCUGUAUUGAUAACGGAGUGAUGAUAGCCCACGCUGGAGCCCUAGCUUAUCAAUCUGGCGCCAGGCCUGAGUUUGAAGACUCCACUAUCACGCAGCGGUAUCGCACUGAUGAUGUACUGGUCACCUGGCGUGAUGACUAAGUCUUCUUUACACAGUUAGAGUCUUUUUCCACUGAAUUAGCCGUAUGCGACUGCUGCACCAGUAUAAAAUAUACAUAUAUUGGUUGUAAAAUAGUACUUGAGCGUGAUAAAGUCGCAUUAGUGGAAAAUAGGUUUUAUGUGAACAUUUGAAAUUACAAAUAAUCAAGUGAUUAAAUGCAUUUUUUUCUUAGAGGA